AUGCCGCGUUACACUGGCCUCGAAGAAUAUGACCUCAUUGAGAAGAUGGGCGACGGCGCAUUUUCCAACGUCUACAAGGCCGUCGAGCGUCAAACGGGGCGCAAAGUCGCCGUCAAGGUCGUGCGCAAGUACCAGUUGAACCAUUCGCAAAGCGGCAACAAGCACCUUAACCCCAACUUUAAGAAGAGGCCGCGUGUCACAGAGCGCGCCAACAUUCUCAAGGAAGUGCAGAUCAUGCGCGGCAUUGACCAUCCGGGCAUUGUCCGGCUGCUCCAGUUCUUUGAAAGCGACGAGCACUAUUUCCUUGUCCUAGAAUUGAUGGAAGGUGGCGAACUGUUCCACCAGAUUGUCAAGCUCACAUACUUCUCAGAGGCACUUGCGCGCCAUGUCAUCGUCCAGGUCGCAGAGGGCAUUCGUUACCUUCACGAGGAGCGCGGCGUCGUGCACCGUGACAUCAAGCCAGAGAACUUGUUGUUUGAGAGAAUCCCCAUCAUCCCGUCAAAGGAGAUUGUGCACCGCCCCUAUGACGAGGAGAAGGAAGACGAGGGCGAGUUCCGGCCUGGCGUCGGCGGUGGCGGCAUCGGUCGCGUCAAGAUUGCCGACUUCGGCCUGUCCAAGAUUGUGUGGGACGAGCAGACAAUGACGCCGUGCGGUACCGUCGGUUACACUGCCCCCGAAAUCGUCAAGGAUGAGAGGUACAGCAAGUCGGUUGACAUGUGGGCUUUGGGAUGUGUUUUGUAUACGUUGCUGUGUGGAUUCCCUCCCUUCUAUGACGAGAGCAUCAAUGUCCUGACCGAAAAGGUCGCGCGGGGAUACUACACAUUCCUGUCGCCCUGGUGGGAUGACAUUUCGCAUUCUGCAAAGGAUCUUAUCACCCACCUCCUCUGCGUCGACCCCGCACAGAGGUACACAAUCGACGAGUUCCUCGCACACCCGUGGAUCAAGGCUGGCCCAGAGCCCAUUGUGCCUUCUCAGAAGCCCAAGCUACCGGCCGGUGCGCCGCUCGACUCACCUCUCCUCGCCUCUUUGCGUGCGGCCAACAGGGAGGGCCGCUCACCGGGCAUUGGCGCCCUCAAGGAAGCGUUCGAUGUUACGUACGCCGUGCACCGUAUGGAGGAGGAAGGCGCACGGAGGCGUGCAUACAAUGGACCUGGCGGCGCGGGUACGCGUGGCUUCCUGCAAGGCCUGAAUGAGGAGGACGAGGACGGCGACGAGCAGGUCCAGCUCGAGGAGGCGCGGCGGAAGCACGGCGAGCUUGUUGCGCGCGAGAUUGAGAAACAGCGCGCACGCGCAGCCGCCAACGCCGCGGCAGGCAUCAAGGAGCCGACGGUCACGCACUACGUGGGCCGAGGUGGCGCGAACCGCCGCGAGGCCGAGGCGGCGCUCUAUGAUGGGCGGGCAGGGCAGCGCGACCGCGCGUCGCAGCGCAAGGCGGGCACGCAGUUCGAGCUCAACCUCGGCAACGCGACGCUGCUGGGACGCCGGAACAAGGCGCAUGGCGGAUUGAAUGGCAUGACGAUGCCACAGGCCGUCGUGGGGCAGUAG